GUCUGAGGUGGCCAGAUCGGAACCGUUUAGCCGCCUAUUAAGCGACCGACGUUCCACUCGCCUCGCUGAAGUAACCAUGGCGGCGGCUGUGUCGCCGGGUUUAGGAGAGCAUUGGUGGGCCGAACUGCCUCGCCACGUCGUGCUGGGUCGCCUGAGAGAGCAGGCCUCUGAAGCCGGGCCGGAGACAGAGCAAGCCAGGCCAGCCCUUCCGAGGGAUCUGAUGUUUGGCAUCGGCGGGGAACUCUUCCUGUGGGACCGCGAACGUGCCGCCUUUUGCGUCCUCAACCUGAGGCACCUUGGCGACGACCCGGAGAGCUUGGGCGGGUACCAGAUUCUUCUUUGCAUAAAUUCACCCUUUUUUGAAGUGUAUCAAACUUCUUUAAGUCCUAUGCAACAGCAUGUAGCUCUCAUAGGAACAAAAGGAUUAAUGGUGUUGGAGUUACCUAAACGUUGGGGAAAGAAUUCUGAAUUUGAAGGUGGAAAAUCUACUAUUAACUGUAGUACCAUACCUAUUGCUGAAAGAUUCUUCACCAGUUCAUCAUCUCUGACCCUGAAGCAUGCUUCUUGGUACCCUAGUGAGAUUCUGGAGCCCCAUGUUGUGCUAUUAACAUCUGACAACACAAUAAGGAUUUAUAGUUUGAGUUCUCCUCAGACACCUGUGAAAGUGAUAACUCUUUCGAAUGCUGAUGAGGAAACACUGAGACUUAAUAAGGGGAGAACAUAUACAGCGUUGAUAGGGGAGACUGCCGUGGCAUUUGACUUUGGACCUCUAGCAGUACUUCCUAAGAACAUAACUGGUCAGAGAGAGAAAGAGGAUGUGCUGGCAUAUCCUAUGUAUAUCCUGUAUGAAAAUGGAGAGACUUUUCUGAUCUACAUUAAUCUCUUGCACAGCACCAGUAACCUUGGCAAGCUGCUGGGCCCAAUGCCAAUGUAUCCUGCAGCUGAAGACAAUUAUGGCUACGAUGCUUGUGCAGUUCUCUGUCUUCCAUGUGUUCCUAACAUCCUAGUGAUUGCUACCGAAUCGGGAAUGCUUUACCAUUGUGUGGUACUAGAAGGAGAAGAAGAUGAUGAACAGAUGUCUGUCAAGUCUUGGGAUUCCCGAUCUGACCUCAUUCCAUCACUCUAUGUGUUUGAGUGUGUUGAAUUGGAACUUGCCCUGAGAUUAGCCUCCAGAGAAGGGGAAGAACCUGUAGAGUCAGAUUUCUCUUGUCCAAUGAAAUUGCACAGAGAUCCCAAAUGUCCUUCUCGCUACCACUGCACACACGAUGCUGGUGUACAUAGUAUUGGACUCCCCUGGAUCAACAAACUACACAAAUUCCUUGGUUCUGAUGAAGAAGACAAAGACAGUUUGCAAGAGCUUGGGGCAGAACAGAAGUGCUUCGUGGAGCAUAUCCUGUGUACCAAACCUCUACCAUGCAGACAACCUGCUGCAAUUAGAGGGUUCUGGAUUGUCUCUGAUAUUCUGGGCCCUACAAUGGUUUGCAUCACCAAGACCUACGAAUGCAUUACCAGGCCUCUUCUUUCCACAGUCCACCCAACAUGCCCUCCACUUCUGUGCACCAAGGAAGAACCACAGAUGUUUACCACACCUCUCCGCAUUCUAGCUGAAUCACAGGACUCCUUUGAGAGACAUAUCCGAAACAUCUUGUGUCGCACCUCCGCAAAUCCGUUGUUGCUGAAGUACAGCAUCUUUCUCUUUGUGAAAAUCUAAUUUCACAUAAAGUGGAUUUUUUGUUG